AAUAAACCCGCCCUCAACCGCGCAUUUCAUAGAUAAUAGCGUACUUUGAACAAGGGCCUUCUGUACCAGUGAGUGCAAAGGCUAAUAUCGAUUGCUAUUUGUUUACUAAUUUCAGAAAACCGAAUAAUCCUUGUUUGGUAGCUACUGACAGUGGCAUUCAUUCCAUUGAUACUCAGUGGCUAAAACCGUCUAAAGUUGAAUCUUUACAUUGAAUUUGAUUUUGAGGUGUUUAUGAGAGUGGCAGCCAUGAUGGAAAGAGCUUUCGUGUUUGUGAUUCUCGCCCUUGCUUCUACUGCAGGAGUAGCCAAGUAUGACAAUGAGAUGAAAGAACCUAAAACCGACCGAUACUCUUUGGACGACCGAUGCGUUAACGCCAUCCAGCAUCAGAUCAACGAAGAAAUGCACGCUAGUCUCAUAUACAUGAACAUGGCGGCUCACUUUGACAGUAACUCUGUCGGCAGGAAGGGUUUUGCUAAAUUCUUCAAGCACAGCUCGGACGAAGAAAGAGAGCAUGCGCAAAAGCUAAUCGAUUACGUCAACAAACGAAGUGGGAAAGUGAUCGCAUUUGAUAUUAAGAUGCCAGGAAAGGAUGAUUGGAAAAGUGGAUUGGAAGCACUGGAAGAUGCUAUGAAUUUGGAGAAGCAUGUUAACAACAAAUUGCAUCAUCUUCACCACAUGGCUGAUAAAAUUUGCAGUGAUCCGCAUUUGAUGGACUUCAUCGAGGGAGAGUUUCUUACAGAACAAGUGGACUCAAUCAAUGAAUAUAAGACCUACAUUAGCCAGCUUGGAGCCAUGAACAGCGGUAUGGGAGAGUAUCUGUUUGAUCGCCAGUUGCUGGAGAAGAGUGACUAAUGAAUGGAAAGAAAAAACUUAAACCUGAAGUAUUCAUUACAUCAAUUAGUUCCUCAGUUUAUUACUUUAAUACUUCAAUUUUUUUGUCGUAUGUUUACUUAGGAUAUCAAGUUCAGUCACGUGUUUUUUUUAAUGAAUUUUGACAGAAUAUUUGUAGUUUACGAGUGGUUUCAACUUUUUUCUUUUCUUUUUUUUUAUGUUAAAAGAAGUUUCAAAUACUGGGAUUUUGUUUCUUUGUAGAACUUUAGGAUUAUCAACAAUAUUACUUCUUUAGAAGAUGUAAAAUAUGUAGAUUGUUGAUAUUUAAGUGUGAUUCUCAUGAUUUGUCCAGUAGUGUAAAACAAACUUUUUUUAUAAGACAAAUAAAAUUAUUAUAAAAAUACA